AUGGCGCCGCCUGCGACACCCCGACACCGCUUCCCAUCACCAGAUGACGUACCACGAUCUCGUACCGACCCACCACGGAUCUCAACCGGUGCGGUCCAAACGUCGAUAACAGCUCCAGCUCCGAGACCACAGUUCGCUACACCUGGACCUCCAGCUGCACGUCGACGACAACAACAACAGCAACAACCUACACAAUCUAGUAUUCAGACACCGGGGGGGUUGAAUAAUAGACAGUAUAAUCGAGGGUUUAGUCCUGAUCCGGAUUUCUUCACGUCGAGUGUUAGUCAGAGGAAAGAUGGGAUUGUGAGGACGGCGGUAGUACCGAGGACUUUGGGGAGUAAUAAUAAUAAUAAUAGUAAUAGUAACAGUAAUAAGAGGAGGAGGAGAUCAUUCGAUCUCGAUGAGAUUGAUGAGGCGUUAUUGGUUUCUUCGGGGAAACCCAGGGUUUUGGGAGAUUCUUCGGGAGGGUGGAAGGUUCCUGUUGAGUAUUUUGGGGGGACGCCGGUGCCUCAAAGGAUACAAGGACUUCUUCAUCACCAUGCUACACCGACACCUUCUCUUCGACGACCGACGUUUAGACAGGGUUCUGCGGUUAUUUCCUCGCCGCCUGGGGAUUUGAAUUUAAGCUUUGGAGAUACGCAGGAGGAUGUUCAAGAUGAUGACGACGAUGAAGAUGACGAUUAUAACAGGAAAGGGAAGGUUGUGAUGACAGCUGCCGUGGUUAAUGGCGGUGGUGGCGGUGGUGGCGGUGUUCCGCAGAAGAAGAGACAGAAGAGUGCAGGAGUAUUUGAUGAUAUUGAGAGUAUUGCGUCUAGUCUUCCGGGUACUAGAGAUGAAGGUACAGAAGGUGUAGAGGGUUCGAAUCGAAAGGAGAAUUCACGGAGUACGAUUACUACUAUUACGUCUCAUAAUACUACUACUACGAAGUCUGGACUACGAACGCCACAGAGGGUUUUAAAAAGUGGUGGUAUAUCAAAUAUCCACGAUAGCGGCAGUACGAUACCCCCACCACCAUCUACAAAGACAACUACUGCUACUACGGCAGUGGUAGUGGGCGAACAGUGGAUGGCGGUUCCGGAUCAACCGCAAUUAAAGCUACCGGCCAAAACAUCACCGACGGAGAAGCUUAAUAAAGCGAUAUGCGCGAUGGCGUGGUCGCCAUCGCAUAGGAAACGAAGGAAUGUGAAUAAUAAGUAUUUGAAUGGAGGCUUGGCGGCUACGGUAUUGGGAUGGGCGUAUGAUGCACAGGAUGUGGUGUUACGGAGUAAUAUGGUUAUUGAACAGAAUCAGAAGGAGAAGCAGAGUUUGAGUUUGAAUUUGAAAGGAGGAGGAAGAGGAGGAAGAGGAGGAAGAGGAGGAAGGAUUGGAAAUAGUUAUGCUAGCGGUGAUCGGGCAGGUAUGAUGGUAGUUAAAGUUGGAAGUGUCUGGGGAGAAGAGGGUUACGCGGCUAUUACGGGGGAAGAAGAAGACGAGGAGAUUGAAAGUGGGGCGGAGAGGAAGGUUAUUCUUAUCGGGGAUGAGAAUAGUGGGCUGAGGAAAGAUCUUAGACAGGGAUCGUGGGUGGAGGUGAGGAUGCCGAUGUGGGAAGUAACCGUGGAAGGGGGGAAGUGGACGGUGGGGAUUAACUGGAGGCUUUUGUAG